AUGGCGACUGAUGACUGUCCUAGUAAAACUGGUCGCCUGUUCGUCACGGACCGUUCGUCGAAAAUACAAUUUUUAAUUGACACAGGCAGCGACCUUUGUGUGUAUCCUCGUUCAUUACUUCGAGAUCGGCGGACACCCACAAAUUAUGAACUCUGCGCAGCAAAUGGGAGUCCCAUAAAAACUUAUGGCUUCGCACAUCUAAGUCUCGACCUUGGAUUGCGUCGGAACUUUAAGUGGCGUUUUGUGGUGGCUGAUGUCACCAAAGCAAUAAUUGGUGUCGAUUUCCUAUCGUUUUAUAACCUUAUUGUAGACUGUAGAAAUCAAUGCUUAAUAGAUAAUGUUACUACUUUAAGAACUAAUGUAUGUUUCAUUUCUUGUUCAGAUAAUGUAACAUCUGUAAAGGUUUCGACUGGCUGCACGCGGUACCAUAAAAUUUUGGGUGAGUUCCCUGAGAUUACACGGCCAGCUGGUACACAACACACUAUACCUCACAACACUGUUCACCACAUUCACACGACACCAGGUCCACCGGUGACUUCUUCACCCAGGCGUUUAGCACCAGACAAACUUAAAAUUGCCAAACAAGAAUUCGACUCCAUGAUCGCCAAUGGUAUAGCCCGCCCCUCCGCAAGCCCGUGGUCAUCACCUCUUCACCUCACCCCUAAGAAGGAUAACGGGUGGCGUCCGUGUGGAGACUAUAGGAUGCUCAAUGCCCGGACCAUUCCUGACAGGUAUCCAAUCAGGCACAUCCACGAUUUUACCCAUAGCAUAACCGGAUGCAAAGUGUUUAGUACCAUUGACCUUGUAAAAGCAUAUAACCAAAUACCUGUCAGUGAGAGCGACAUCCCUAAGACCGCAAUAACAACGCCGUUCGGGUUGUAUGAGUUUCCCUUUAUGGGCUACGGCCUCCGUAACGCAGGACAAACUUUUCAACGCUUCGUGGACGAGAUGAUCAGAGGAUUAGAAUUCUGCUAUUCUUACCUUGACGACUUCCUGAUCUUCUCACGAAACGAAGCGGAGCAUGAGGAACACCUUCGCCAAGUGUUUAGCAGACUUAAAAGCUACGGUAUACUCAUCAACACUUCCAAGUGUACUUUCGGCGAAAAGGAGGUAACAUUUUUAGGGUCCCGUAUCUCCGAAAACGGAAUCAAACCUUUGCCUGAGAAGGUCCAAACUAUUUUAGAUUUCCCUCAACCUAAGGAGGUGCGACAGCUAAGAAGGUUUUUGGGCAUCAUACAUUUUUAUCGGCGUUUUUUGCCGAAUGCUGCUCAAAAACAAGCCCCCCUUAACAACCUUCUGACAGGGGCUGUUAAAGGUAGGCAACCUAUUAGUUUAAACGGUGAGGCAGCAAAAGCUUUUGAGGAGUGCAAGCGUAGUCUCGCGAAUGCAACCUUGCUUGCCCACCCAGACUGCGAAGCUAAAUUGGCACUCGUGACUGAUGCAUCUGACGUCGCCAUAGGUGCCGUACUUCAGCAGCUCAAAGACGGAGUCUGGCAACCACUUGCCUUCUUUUCCAGGAAGUUGAGCACAAGUCAACAGAGAUAUUCCCCAUAUGAUCGAGAGCUUUUAGCUAUAUACGAAGCUAUUAAAUAUUUUCGUCAUAUGGUGGAAGCAAGGCACUUCACUAUCUAUACUGACCAUAAACCGAUCAGUUUCUCAUUCCACAAAAGGAAGGACAACUGCUCGCCACGUCAGUAUAGACAUUUAGAUUUCAUUGCCCAGUUCACCACCGAUAUUAGGCAUAUCUCCGGCAAAGACAAUGUCGUGGCCGACACUUUAAGCCGCAUCGAAGAACUUGAGGCACCUGUUGACCUGACUGCUAUAGCUGAAUCCCAAGCCUCCGACCUAGAGCUUGCUCAAUUUAUGAAGAGUGGAUCAUCAUCCCUCCGCCUAGAACAGUUCAAUAUACCUGGAAGUCGUACCAAAUUGUACUGUGAUAUAAGUACGCCGACUUCCAGGCCAUUUGUACCCGCUCCCCUUCGCAGGCAGGUUUUCAACAGCCUGCACUGCCUGAGCCACCCAGGUGCGAACGCUACUGCUCAACUAGUAGCGGAACGGUACGUCUGGCCCGGCAUCAGGAAAGAUUGCCGAGACUGGGCUAAAUCUUGCCUCGCCUGUCAACGUACAAAGGUAACCCGACAUGUGUCUUCUCCUUGGGGCACUUUCGCGUUGCCUCGUACGCGAUUCAGGCAAAUACACAUCGACCUUAUUGGUCCUCUCCCUCCGUCCAAGGGUUGCCGAUACUGCCUGACUGUUAUCGACCGAUUUACUAGAUGGCCAGAAGUUGUGCCUUUAGUUGACAUAACGGCGGAAUCAGUUGCACAAGCUUUGCUGUUUCAAUGGAUUGCACGCUACGGUUGUCCUGAAGAAAUUGUCACAGAUCGCGGACGACAAUUUGAGUCCGCAUUGUUUCAAUUUCUGUCUAGGAUAACCGGAUUUAAGCACAAGCGUACCACAGCAUAUCAUCCAGCUUGCAACGGAAUUAUUGAGCGUUUUCACCGUCAACUAAAGGCAUCGAUAAUGUGCCACGCCGAUAGCAGUUGGACUGAAUCCCUACCGUGGGUUCUACUUGGUAUCCGUAGUGCGUUUAAAGCGGACUUACAGACAUCGUCCGCCGAAUUAGUAUACGGCGAGCCCCUCAGGCUACCGGGUGAAUUCUUUGAACCCAGUUCAGAUGGCCCACAGGACAUCACUGAGUUCACUGCACGUUUGCGUAAAAUCGCUAAAAAUCUUCAGCCUGUACCAACAUCACGCCAUAGUACCGGCAAAACAUUUGUUUUUAAGGAUCUUGCCACUUGCGAUUAUGUUUUUCUUCGCGAAGAUGCUUCACGAGGUUCUUUACAACCAGCAUACACCGGUCCACAUAAAGUACUGUCACGUGACAACAAAGUGUUUAAACUACUGUUUAAGGGUAAAGAAGUCAGUGUAUCCAUAGACCGACUGAAACCGGCCUACAUACUCUCUGACAAUCACUCUUCACAACACUCAACUACCACUCCCUCACCAGUAUAUACUGAUAUACCACGUACUACACGUUCAGGGCGCCGAGUAAAUUUUCCGGAUUUUUAUCGCCCAUAG